AUGUCUGCUGGACAGCAGAAAGGCGUUUCUGGGAGGCUAGAUGUUCAGAGUGGAGGACAGCAGGGGUCUCCAUUGAAGGAGGGGAGGUGGCCUGCAGAAGCCAAGGACCUGGAAGUGAAGCUUCAGGUCAUUUUUCCUAGCCUGAACCACAUGGGGUUGGAGGGUCCAGGCAUCCCAAGUUUAAGCUGCCCUAGGCUAGGCUGGAACUGGACCACACAAGCAGGCCAUCGACUCAGGCUCCUCCUGCACGCAGUACCACAUGCCAGGGAUUUGGAUUGUGCUCAGCAAUGGCUGUGGCAACUCCACGAUCUUCAGAAAGGGCCUUCCUGUAGCCCUUGGGCUUUCAAGCAUCUGUUCCUUACAGAAAGGGCCUUCCUGGCUACUGAUGCUGAGGAAAGGGGUCGCUGGCCCUAGGUCUUAGCCCUCCUGGCACAGGAAACACUCUGGGGCCUGGGCAAGGAUUUCCAUCCCCAGGGCUAG